AUGUCGGUCCCCUCCAUGUGCCUCAUUAUUCGCACUUCUUUUGUUUUGGUCAGCCAGUCGGGAUCCGCAGCACACAAGCCUGGGCAGCACAAAAGGUUUUUUUUUCUUUUAUUGUGUGCGUGUGUGCCACACUCCAUAGUUCUCCGCGUUUUUCGUGUUGGCGUUUUUCGCGAAGAGUUGCGCAGGAUGGCGGUGCAGGGCGCAGCGGAAAUGUUUAAGACUUUUUUUCAGUCAAAAGAUGAGAAUAUGAAGUCAUUUCUUUGCUCCUUUGUGGAGCUUUCGGCGGCGGAACGCGCCCUUCUUGUUUUUGGCGAACAAAAAGGUGACAAACCGGGUGGCACUGCGAUGGAGUCGCAUGCGGAUGCAGAGAUGUUCACGGCGAUGGUGCGGGACUUUCGUACUGACGCACAAGAUGGUAAUGACGAUAAUACGGCGGUUGCUAGCAUCAAAAAGGAUGGCGCUUCCAGUCGCGGUGCUGGGAAAGACUGUGAGGGUUUAAUGCAGGCACGGCAGCACGCAGCGUCUUUGCAACUGGAUGGCACUGAAUUGGAGGAAGAAGUGCUAGAUGAGUCGAAAGCGCUUAAGACGUCUGCAAUGACGGCCUUCUUAAAUUACGGCCUUGCGGACGUUGUAACAACAUUUGACAACUUUGUUGGUGGUGAGACUGAAGCGGAAAUCGCAUUGACUAAAAAACCGUCGAUAGCCGAGAAGGUCAUGGACCACCGAUCAGUGGAAGAGACGGGGCCGGGCAGAACGACUCCUGCGGAAGGGAGUAAAGAGGACGGGAACAUCGUUGUUGAUGAAGGGACCACUUCCGCUGUGGACGGUGUGCAGUCCGACCGGGUUGCCUUGCGUGAAGGAGGCAGGGAUGAUAAUAAUGACUAUGACGAUGAAGAUGAUGAUGCAAGCUUCAGUGACAUUGAGCUGCCAGGGCUCGUAGUGGGUGCCACAUUGGAGGAGCCUCCCUUGAAAGCUCAGCGGUGUGGCGCUUUUCUUUCCGCAACGGACCUUGAAUUGCUGCGGAACGACGAUGACGACGAAGUGCAGCUGUUCGUCAUCGACCCCUGCUUUGACUACGACGCCGACCCUGUUGGUAGGGCGGCGAGAACACACCCACCAUAUCUGCGCCUGUGA